GGAGGAAGAGGAAGCGCGAGGGGCGGGGAGCGCCGGCCGAGAGUCCCCGCAGGUCAUCUUGAACGUUCCAAAUCUCUACCAUUACCUGAUGCUGCUGAUAAAAUCAGGAUGGCUUUAAACUCAGGCCUUCCGGGAGGUGUCGGACCUUACUAUGAAAACCACGGAUACCAGCCUGAAAGCCCGUACCCCGUGCCGCCCACCGCGGUCCCCAGUGCCUACGUGGUGUAUCCGGCACCGUACUACCCGCCCGCGGUGCCCCAGUACUCGCCGAGGGUGCUGACGCACGCUUCCACGCCCAGCAGCCACACGCAGCCCAAGUCCCCGUCGGCGGUGUGCACCUCAAAGGCGAAGAAAGUGCUGUGUGUCACCUUCACCCUGGGGGCCGUUCUGGUGGGGGUCGUGCUGGCUGCCGUCCUGCUCUGGAAGUUCAUGGAGAAGAAGUGCCUGGUGUCCGGGAUCGAGUGCGGCUCCUCGGGGACCUGCGUCAGCCCCUCUCACUGGUGCGACGGGGUCCUGCACUGCCCCAGCGGCGAGGACGAGAACCGAUGCGUUCGCCUCUACGGACCGAACUUCAUCCUGCAGGUGUACUCGCCGCAGAGGAAGUCGUGGCACCCCGUGUGUCGGGACGACUGGAGUGAGGGCUACGGCCGGGCCGCCUGCCAGGACAUGGGCUACUGGAACAGUUUUUAUUCUAGCCACGGAGUCGUGGAUGACAGUGGGGCCACGAGCUUUAUGAAGCUGAACUUAAGUGCUGGCAACAUGGACCUCUACAAGAAACUGUACCACAGUGAUGUCUGUUCUUCAAAAACGGUGGUCUCUUUACGCUGUAUAGAGUGCGGGGUCAGCGCCAGGACGCGCCGCCAGAGCCGCAUCGUGGGCGGGGCGGGCGCCGCCCCCGGGGACUGGCCGUGGCAGGUCAGUCUGCACGUCCAGGGCGUCCACGUCUGCGGCGGCUCCAUCAUCACCCCGGAGUGGAUCGUGACAGCCGCCCACUGCGUGGAGGAACCGCUGAACAACCCGCGGCACUGGACGGUCUUCGCGGGGAUUUUGAGACAGGCUUUCAUGUUCUACGGGCUCGGGCGCCGAGUGGACAAGGUGAUUUCCCACCCACACUAUGACUCCAAGACCAAGAACAACGACAUCGCUCUCAUGAAGCUGCAGACGCCUCUGACUUUCAACGACAAGGUGAAAGCGGUGUGUCUGCCCAACCCAGGCAUGAUGCUCGAGCCGGAGCAGCCGUGUUGGAUUUCCGGGUGGGGGGCCACCCACGAGAAAGGGAAAACCUCGGACGAGCUGAACGCCGUCAUGGUGCCCCUCAUCGAGCCGUCGCGCUGUAACAGCAAGUAUGUCUAUAACAACCUGAUCACGCCGGCCAUGAUCUGCGCGGGCUACCUGCAGGGGACCAUCGACUCCUGCCAGGGAGACAGCGGAGGCCCCCUGGUCACUCUGAAGAGCCACAUCUGGUGGCUGAUUGGGGACACGAGCUGGGGAUCCGGCUGUGCCAAGGCAAACAGACCAGGGGUGUACGGAAACGUGACAGUGUUUACGGACUGGAUUUAUCGACAGAUGAGGGCCAACAGCUAAUCCGUGUGCCCUCUGUCUUUGACGCCAUUCCACAAGAAAACGAAGGGGCUGAUUUUUAAUUCCCUGUGCGUCAUGUACUUUUAGAAAUGAUUCAAAGGUCCUUUCUUUGUUAUUAAAUAGUGUAUUUUUCUGUCUUUGGCACUCUCCACAGUUCUGUGCAGGCCACAGGCCCGUGCUCCCGGACCCCUGGUCUGAAAGGGGUGCCCAGGCCCAGUGGGGGGUGGGCGCCCAGAGCCAAUUCGGGGCAGAGAGAUGGACAUUGCCCAGUGGGGUCUUCUUCUAAGCCCACUCCGGGGGGCCGCUUUUGGACGUGCCUGGGGCUGGUGACUUCUCAGCUGCUGGACGGCUUGAGAUAGAAAGGGAAGACAGCCGCGUGGGAACUUCAGGGCCAGCCUUGUGGUCACUGCUAGGGAGGGUACCCCGGGGCCAGUCUCCCCACGGGGGUCUUCGCUGAUCAUUUUUAGUGCCUUCUUAGCAGCCCUGGAUGGUGGCUGGAAAUAAAGGGACCAGCCCUUCUUGGGUCAGGAUGUUAAAGGCAUCAAGAACUUUCUCUCCUGCUCGACAGGGUGAGAGUGUAGACAGAGCCGUCGGGGCAAGGCAAGUCAUUGCAAACCCACCCCCUACCUGCGCACCGCUGGGCCGGCACCACUGGGCUGGGCGCCCCCGGGGAGACCCAGCCUCACUCCCGCACCCUCUUCCCUGGAGAUUGUGGGAUGCGGCCGAGUGGGGUGCCGUGCUGACCCUCCUGGGGCCUGCUGAUCACAUGGAAAUUGAGGUCACCCCCCCAACCUGGGUGGGGGGGAAUCAGGGAUGUGUGAUUCAAGAGACACUGUUUCCAUGCAAAGUUUCUACCUGUUACUACCUCAGUGCUCACGGAAUCUUGGCUGUGAUGUCUCUACGUAGUUGCUACAUUUGGCUCUUUGAAACUAACGCCCUUGCCAAGUGGGACAGGCGGGCGACCAGAAGCGCUUUCCAAAGUGUUCCGUACUGCUCACGGCAGCCCUGCGCUCCAACAGAGAAGAGAGAGGCGUGUUUUGGAUUCCCCGCGGCCCCUUCCAGCCCCUCAGGCUUCCCCUGGAGGGAAGGGCCGGGGUUGAAUUGCCAACUCCCAGGGGCGCUGCCUCCUCUCCGGCACUGGUUUCCAAGAAGGAAACGAUCCAUUCUACCACUUAGGACCUAACUCCGAAGGGCUAGGGCUUAACCUUGAAAUGGGGGGCGGCGGAGGCCCCACUGGCCACCCCUAGGGGCCUUACAGAGAUGCCGCGCCCCGGGGUGCCCACUCCCCGAGCCAGAUUUUAAAAAGCAUCGUCGUGGCGAGAACUCGUUCCCUCCUUGGCUUCUUUUCAUGUGACCACUG